AUGGUCUUGUUCCAUCCCUCUAUUUUAGUUUUCCUCUCCCUUCUUGGGGCUUCUUCUGGCACUAAGGCUGGAUGUAAUACCGACACUUCACCAACAGCUACUAUUGACUCGGGCGUUAUAGUUGGUGUCGCUACUUCUUUGUCUGAAGGCCGACUGCCUAUCAACAAGUUCCUAGGAGUGCCCUUCGCUGCCUCUCCCGUUCGCUUUCAGCCUCCAGCAACACCCAAACCAUGGACUCGCCCUCUGGACGUGUCAAACUACGGUCCGGCAUGCGUCCAGCAGCUUGCUGCCCAGGACGCCGGUGAAAGCGAAGAUUGUCUCAACGUCAAUGUAUACGCGCCAGUCUCGCCAGGAGCAAAGCCUGUCAUGAUAUGGAUCUAUGGCGGUGGAUUUGCACUCGGCUUCAAUAGCGAUCCUCGUUGGGAUGGGUCUUUCAUGGCUGCAAAUCAAGAUGUUGUCGUGGUGUCAAUCAACUACAGGACGAAUGUCUUUGGCUUUCCAUGGUCCCCUCAACUGUCCACUGAACAUCAGAAUUUGGGAUUCCUUGACCAACAUUUUGCUCUAGAUUGGGUGCAACGUAAUAUACAUGCAUUUGGUGGAGAUCCGAAGCGGGUGACAAUUUUUGGAGAAUCAGCUGGAGCAGCUAGCGUGGAUGCGCUGGUAACUUCAUAUCAUAAGAACCCGCCAUUUAUUGCGGCCAUCAUGGAAUCUGGGCAACUGACCUUUUAUCCCAACAACCCCAACCCAACUGCCUCUUGGAACAACAUGGUUGCAAAGCUCAACUGCUCAUCUGCGUCUGACGUCCUUUCUUGUGUGAGAAAGGUACCUGCCACCCAAAUUAAAUCGGUUAUUGAAGAGCCUGGCAAUUUUGCAUUUGGCCCUGUCAGAGACAACAUCACCUUCAUCUCACAUGCAGGCAUCGCUAGAGAACACGGAAAAGUUGCCCAGGUACCAAUCCUUAUCGGCAACAACUUCCAAGAGGGCCGUCUUUUUGUGGGCGCAUACAAUUCAACCCAGCAGUAUUUACAGACGGUCUUACCGCAUGUGAAUCAGUCGUUUUACGACAAAGUGUUGGCCGCUUAUCUUAUUGGCUCUCCGGGCAUCUCAAACCAAUUCCAGCAGGCAGCGGCCAUUGAUACUGACUACCGCUUCAUGUGCACAGCGUCUCAGAUUGCCAACUAUUCGUCUAUAGCAGGAUUUCCUACUUGGCGGUACCUAUUUAACGCUUCGUUUCCAAAUACCCAGUUAUUCCCAGGUGCCGGCGUUUAUCACUCCAGCGAGAUAGCGGAGAUCUAUGGUACAUAUCCCAGGGGCGAUGUUACGACUAAACAGGAAAAACUGAGCCAAUACAUGCAAAAGGCUUGGGCAGAUUUUGCAAAGAAUCCAACAGGUGGGCCAGGUUGGAGAGCGGUAUCAAACGUUGCUGUGUUGGGAAACUCGGACGAGGAGAUGAAGCAAGACAUAUCAGGCACUAAACUAGACAAGGUAUGCGAGCUGUAUAAGCCAAUUUAUAGUGUACUUGCUUAA